AUGUCUGCCAAGUCAAACUUCUGGUAUGUCAACUGGUGCUCAAGGUUUCAGCUGCCCUCUGCCAAGGCACCUCCUUCCAACCUCUCCAUCCAGGAAAGAAGGGCUCUCACACCGGAACACAUUUGUGACAUGUUGGAACUGUGCCUCAACACCACCUACUUCACCUUCAACGGAGACUUCUACAGGCAAAAGUAUGGCUGUGCCAUGGGCUCCCCCGUGUCUCCCAUAGUGGCCAAUCUCUUCAUGGAAGAGGUAGAAAACAAGGCACUCUCCUCUUUCAUAGGAAACACCACCAGCCGCUGGUUCAGAUACGUUGACGACACCUGGGUCAAAAUCUGCUCUGAUGAAGUAGAAGGUUUUACAACUCAUCUUAACUCAGUAGAUAACAACAUCAAGUUCACAAGGGAAGAUGUCAGAGGUAACAGUCUUGCCUUUUUGGACUGUGCAGUGCAAAUUGAAGAGGACAGAAGCCUCAACAUCGAAGUUUACAGGAAACCCACCCACACAGACCAGUACCUGCUCUUCAACUCACAUCAUCCUCUGGAACACAAGCUAGGGGUAAUAAGAACCCUUCACCAUAGUCUGAAGGUACCCACAAGAAUGGAGGGAACAAAGAAGGAACAACUGCACAUCAAGGAAGCACUUAAAACCUGCGGUUACCCCAACUUGGCCUUCAUCAAGACCUCCAAAAAGUGGAUUUCCAACAGGGAGGAGAACAGCAACAAAGAUGAAAGCAUCGUUAUUCCAUACCUAUCUGGGGUCUCAGAGAAACUCCGGAGGAUCUUCAAUAAACACAACAUCCCUGUUAAUUUCAAGCCAUCCAACACAUUGAGACAGAAACUGGUCCAUCCCAAGGACAAAACACCACAGCACAAAAGGAGUAAUGUAGUUUAUGCCAUGUGUAACAAAGAUGGCAGAGAACGGUACAUUGGUGAAACUAAACCUCUCCACAGACGCAUGGCCCAACACAGAAGAGUCCAGUUGCCUUACGGAUCAAGCUUUGGAUUUUUAAGAUUAGUGUUAAUGAAAGAAAAAUCUAUUAGUGUGUUCACAUUCAUUAAAAUACCAAAAUCAUUUUACUCCAUGACUUUUCAUUCAAUGUCAUGUGUCAGUUGCUUGUCGUUCUCAUACAGAUAG